GUAGAUAAGGGAUCGCAAAAGUCGCAGUCGCAUUUGCUGGGUAUUAAAUAUUAGUGCAGGGAAACUACCCUGCUUUAGUUGAGCGGAGUAUGCGACACGAGUUGGUUCCCCUAGCCUUCGUAUGUUAUGGACGGUCGAUCUUCCUCCUACUGUGUAAUAGGCGCCGGAACAGCCGGAAUUGCCACAGCAAGACGUGUGUUGGAAAGUGGUGCGCAGGUGGUAAUCUUCGAACAAACCGAUAGAAUCGGUGGAACCUGGAACUAUACCGACUCGGUCGGCAAGGAUAAAUAUGGGCUGGAUAUCCACACUAGCAUGUACCAAGGGUUGCGGACAAACCUACCGAAGGAGGUUAUGGGCUUUCAGGAUUUUCCGAUUCCUGACCAAGAAGAGUCGUACAUUCGGGCGGAAGAUGUGUUGCAGUUCCUAAAACUUUUCGUUGAAUCGUUCGAUCUCGAUCGACAUGUGCUAUUUGAACGACACGUGCAACUUGUGGAACGCGUUGAAGAGAUUGGAAAAUGGCAAGUGCAAGUGAAAAAUUUAGUGGAAGGACAAAUAGAAACAUACCUAUUUGAUUUUGUGUUCAUUUGUAAUGGGCACUAUCACACCCCAAUGGUUCCAAAUUAUCCGAAUCAGCACCUUUUCAAAGGAAAACAACUUCACAGCCAUGAUUAUAGAUCAUCAGAACAUUUUAAAGAUGAAACAGUGCUGGUUAUCGGUGCGGGUCCAUCCGGCAUGGAUAUCGCGCUGGAGGUUUCAAAAAAAGCAUCCAGUGUAACCAUUAGCCAUCACACAAAGGAACCAUUCAAGACCACCUUCCCAUCGAAUUUGGGAGGGAAACCUGAUGUACAAGAACUCACCGAAACAGGCGCGUUGUUUGUAGAUGGUUCACGGGAACAUUUCACGGUGAUCCUCUACUGUACUGGUUACCGUUAUAGUUUUCCCUUUCUGGGUAGCAGUUGCGAAAUCAGCGUCGAGGAUAAUUACGUUCGGCCGCUGUACAAGCAUUGCAUUAACAUCAACCAACCGACGAUGGCCUUCGUAGGGAUUCCUUACUAUGUAUGUGCGGCGCAAAUGUUCGAUUUGCAGGCGAGAUUUUGUCUCAAGUACUACACUGGCCAGAGAAACCUGCCGUCGAAGGAAGAGAUGCUUGCCGAUAUGGAGGAACAGAUGGGACACCGUUGGAGGCAGGGUUAUCGUAGACGUCAGGCACACAUGAUGGGACAAGCACAGAGCGAGUAUUACACAGAUCUGGCGAAAACAGCUGGCUUGAGGCCAAUUCAACCCGUGAUGGCGAAGUUACACAACGAGAGCAGCCAGCGGUUCAAUGAUAAUUUGCUGAACUUCCGAAAUGAUAUUUUUAGGAUAGUGGAUGAUGUGACUUUCGAAGAAGUUGAAAGGAAUUUAUGUUAACGGAUCUAUGGAUAAGUAGAAUAAAUCUUUUAUUUAAUCAUAAA